AGUAGAAUAGUUUUCAAACUUACUGUAUUAAAAAUGGAGGGUCUGGAUGUUUGGGGCCAAAUAGCCGUUGAAACAUCUCAAAUGUAUGUUUCGGAAGGCGGAGUCAUAAAAAGUCGUUUUGCAAGUACAGAUUACCGAUUAAUGGCACCUUUUGAAGAAGAAAUUGUCACAGGAUUUCAGGUUGGAGUGUCUAUUCAUUUUCUGACUAUCGAAAAAUUACCGGAUAAAGUUAUUUUAAACGUCUUCAGUUAUUUAAGUCAUCGUGAAAUAUGUAGAAUGGCUCGUGUUUGUAAAAGGUGGCGACAAAUUGCUUACGAUUCACGUUUAUGGAAACAUGUUUCUUUAAGACCGGAAAUCAGUGGCUUACACGUUGGUUCAUUGGAAAAUCUUUUACAAUUAAUCAGUGGUAGAUUUAGCUCAUCACUGCGAUACAUUGAACUUCCCAUUGAACUCAUUACUCACACCGUAUUACACGAAUUAGCGAAUAAAUGUCCAAAUUUAACGCACAUGCUACUUGAUUUUUCAACGGCUAUGCAAUUGCAUGACUUUUCAGAAAUGCAGGCAUUCCCCACAAAACUCAAGUACAUGUGCAUUUGUUUGUCUGAAGUUAUUUUCAUGGAAGGUUUUAUGAGAAAAAUUUACAAUUUUAUCAAUGGUCUCGAAAUACUUCACUUAAUUGGUACUUACGAAAAGGUUGAAGAAGAGGAAGAGGAAAUUUACGAAGUCAUCAACGUGCAUAAAUUAAAAUCCGCAACUCCAAAUUUAAGAGUAAUUAAUCUUUAUGGAAUUAAUUUUGUCGAUGAUUCUCAUAUCGAUGCAUUUUCGUCGAAUUGCAUUCAACUAGAAUGUUUGGCAGUAAAUUUUUGCUCGAAAGUCACUGGAUCAACGAUGAAAACCCUAUUUCAAAGAAGCAGACGAUUAAAAUGUUUAUUAAUGCAAGGAACAAAUCUUCGCAGCGAGCACGUAAUGCAAGUGGAAUGGGAAAAAACUACCAUUCAAGAGCUAGAUGUAACGGCAACUGAUUUAUCAACCGAAUGUCUCAUUGAUAUGUUAACAAGAAUUCCAGGUUUGCGUUUUUUAAGUGCAGGACAACUGAAUGGCUUCAAUGAUUCAGUUUUAAAAUCCUGGGCCGAAGUUGGUAAUCCAAGGAAUUUAAUAGCUCUCGAUUUGGAUAGUUCCGAUAAUUUAAGUGAUGACGCCUUACACAAAUUUUUAUCACGCUACGGCCAUCAACUCUGGGGAAUUGCCUUGUCCGGUAUGCCACAUAUUACCGAUCAACUUUGGCAAAGUGUAUUGCCCAUCUUGACCAAUGCGAAAAUCGUUGUAAUGGGCACUAACGAAAGGCUAGGAGUUAAUAUUCACGUUGAUCAACUAAUGGACGGAAUUGCAAACAAUUGUCCAAAUCUGGAGCGACUGGAAUUGAGAUGGGAUCCUGAAAAUCUGAGAUUUUCGGACAAAAGUCAAAAAGCAAUUGACAUUCUCCGGGUGAAAUGUAUUAAACUCAAAUGCUUAGUCCUAAGCGAUGGAAGAUAUUAUGAAAUCGUUAAGGCAAAUUUCGAACGUGCCGAUAGAUUAACAGUCGUUCGUACAACAACUUGCUGUAGAGUUUCAAAUUAUUACUUAAUACAGGACUACAAAGACUUGAUUUUUAACUAAAAAAAAUUGAUAUUUUCGAAUAUCUCGAAAAGAUUUUUUUAUAUAUAAUUAUUAUAAUUACACGACGAAGAAAUUUUCUUCAACCUAGGUAA